CGAGUGAUGGCCCGCACGAAGCAGACGGCACGCAAGUCCACUGGUGGCAAGGCACCGCGGAAACAGUUGGCCACUAAGGUGGCUCGGAAGAGUGCCCCAGCCACUGGUGGUGUAAAGAAGCCACACCGUUACCGACCUGGCACGGUGGCCCUGCGCGAGAUCCGCCGCUACCAGAAGUCUACCGAGCUGCUGAUCCGCACACUGCCUUUCCAGCGGCUGGUGCGUGAGAUUGCGCAAGACUUCAAGACCGACUUGCGCUUCCAGAGCUCAGCUGUGAUGGCGCUGCAGGAGGCGUGCGAGGCCUACUUGGUGGGGCUCUUCGAGGACACUAACCUCUGUGCCAUCCAUGCCAAGCGGGUCACUAUCAUGCCCAAGGACAUCCAGCUGGCGCGCCGCAUUCGCGGAGAGCGGGCCUAG